UUCAAUUUUUAUAAAUUUUAGAAACUAAUGGAUAAUACUCAUACAGAAUUCCAAUCACAAGACUAUGUAUGUAUUCAAUCUUCUGAAAGUGAAAUAGAUUGGUCAGAUCUGUAUAAAAUAAAACUGAUCUUGCGUCAACCAUCACCAAAUUGGAGUAAAUUUGGCAUAGAUGACGUAAAGGUUGUUCGUAAAAUUCAGUUAGAAAAUGUAUCAAUACCAUAAAUAGAACAUUAGAAAUAUAUUUUAUAAUAAAAUUAAUAUUAAGUUGAAUAACUUAUUUCAAAAUGACAUAGGUAACUUAUAAUUUAUAAUAAUACAAUGUUGUCAUCUAUUCAUAUUCAUCAAAAAUUAA